AUGUCUACCAACCAAGCUGUCUUAAGUGGAAUCCUCGAGUCCGGAAAAUUCACCAAGGUGAUCCAAAGACCUUUCCCAGUCAUCGAUGAUGACCAAAUUCUCGUCAAGGCUGUUGCUUUCGCCGCUAACCCCACCGACUGGAAGCACGCUGUGUACCAAAUCGGACACGAGGGUGACAUUGCUGGUUCCGAUGCCAGUGGUAUCGUCGAACAAGUCGGUAAGAACGUCAAGGGUUUUGAAGUGGGUGACAUUGUCUCUUCCUUCAUGCACGGUAACUUCUCCACCACCAGAGGUGCCUUCUCCCAGCACUUCAUUGCUGACCCUGUCACCACCAUCAGAUACGACAAAACCCAAAUCAAGAACACCCAAUUGCCUGUUGGUGUCACUCCAAGCGGCACCGUCGACACAUUCGAAGGUGCUGCUUCUGUCACCUUGAGUUUGACUACCGUGGCUUUCACCUUCGCUGACAGUUUCAAGGUCUCCUACGACAAGUCCAAGAACGCUAACAAGACAGUGUUGAUCUGGGGUGGUGCUACCUCUACCGGUAUCAUUGCCAUUCAAGUCGCCAAGGAGAUCUAUGGCUUAAAUGUCAUCGCCACCGCUUCCAAGAAGAACCACGAGUUCUUGCUUAGCUUGGGUGCCGACCAAGUCUUUGACUACAACGACAGUAAUGUCAUUGAGGACGUCAAGAAGGCCGCCAAUGGCAGCAUCGCUUAUGCCUACGAUACUGUUUCCAGCGAAGAGACCUUCCAACAAACCUACGAUGCCACCGAAGGCUCUCCAGAUGUCAUCCUCGAGAACUUGAUGAACUUGAGUGAAGACCUCCUCAAGCUUGACAGCUCUAGAAAGGUCACUUUCUCCAAGCUUCUUGCCUAUGUCGCUGAUGGUAGAACUCACCAUGUCUUUGGACAUGACUUUGUUGCUACUCCAGAAAGUCUUAAGAACUACAACCAAUUCUGGAACGAUAUUGUGCCAGACCUCAUCAAGACCAUCAAGACUCCAAACUUAAAGGUUUUGGAAAGCGGUUUGGAAUCUGCUAACGAAGCUUUGGCUUUGGUCUACGAGAACAGAGUCAGUGCCCAAAAGGUUGUUUUCAGACCAUGA